UGGGCGGGGAAAGGAAGGCGGAUGUUUUGAGCUUGUGACUUCCGGUCGGUGUCCACCGGCAGAUCGGCGGAGAGUUCCGGGAAGAAAAGGUUCCGGGGAGCGGAGGAGGAGAAGAAGAGCCGGGAGAGGGAUGGAGGAGCGGCGGCCUCUCCUGGCCAGGUCACCCCGGGUGUUCGGGCGGCGCUGGUUGGUCCUCAUCCUGUUCUCCUGUCUGGGCUUCCUGCAGGGAUUAGUAUGGAACAGCUGGGGGCCCAUCCAGGCCUCCGCCCGGGCCGUCUUCGGCUUCACCCCCCUGGACAUCGCCCUCCUCGUCCUCUGGGGACCCAUCGGCUUCUUACCCUGCUUCUUCUUCAUGUGGAUGAUGGACAAGAAGGGUCUGCGUGUGACGGUGCUGCUGACCUUGGCUUUCAUGGUGGUCGGAGGCGGUCUGCGCUGUGUCCCCGUGUCCGACAUGUCCCUCCGGAGAAGACUCAUCCACGCAGGUCAGCUUAUGAACGGAUUUGCAGGCCCAACCGCAAUGAACGCAGGUCCUUUCCUUUCCACAACGUGGUUCCCGCCAGACCAGCGAGCCACGGCCACCGCCAUCGCCUCCAUGCUCAACUACCUGGGCGGAGCCUGCGCGUUUCUCAUCGGCCCUCUUGUUGUACCGGCUCCUCCUAACGGGACAUUCAGCGGCCUUUUGUCUACGGAUUAUAUCGCAUCGAUCAAGGACAAGAUAGAUGCUGUGCUGUACGCAGAGUUUGGAAUAAUCGCUCUGGUCUUUGUGGCGGUUGUGGCCUAUUUUCCCUCUCGGCCCCCGGUCCCCCCGAGUAUCGCCGCUGCCAGUCGCAGGCUGAGUUAUAGGAAUAGUAUCUGCAAGCUUCUCGGCAAUGGUCGGUUCCUAAUGAUCGCUCUGGCUUACGCCAUACCUCUGGGGUUCUAUGGCGGCUGGUUCGGGGUUUUGGAUCUGAUUUUAGCACCUAUCCAUGUUAACCAGGUUGAUGCCGGCUGGAUCGGAUUCUGGUCCACUGUGGGGGGAUGCGCAGUCGGAAUCGCUGUGGGCAGGUUUGCAGAUUCCUUCCGGGGGAUUCUGAAGCCCAUCCUGGUCUUGCUCUUCUCAGGGGCCACACUAAUGGCCACGUGGUUCACACUCACCUUCCUCGGGAGUAUCACUCACCUUCCUCUCACUACAG